CAAAAUGUCUGCUGUGAAACAGGACUAUCGUCAUAACUUUGGUGAUUGCUUAAUUUCUCAUCCAGCACCAUCGUCAGGAGAUCUCUCCUGAAAAUGUUUCCACAACCAGGGAAAUCGAUUGUCUUCGACAACUUUCCAGAUCCAACUGACGCCUGGGACAUCAUCGAGACAAUCGGGAAAGGGACCUACGGAAAAGUCUACAAGGUGCUCAACAAACUGGAUGGAAGUAAAGCGGCCGUAAAGAUACUGGACCCCAUCCAUGAUAUUGACGAGGAGAUCGAAGCAGAGUACAACAUCCUCAAAGCGCUCUCUGACCACACCAAUGUCGUGAAAUUCUACGGGAUGUACUACAAGAAGGAUGUGAAAUGUGGGGACCAGUUGUGGCUCGUACUGGAGCUCUGCAAUGGUGGCUCUGUGACAGAUCUGGCUAAAGGCAUGUUGAAGAGAGGAGACCGAAUGGAUGAAGCCAUUAUUGCCUACAUUUUGCAUGAGGCCCUCAUGGGCCUCCAGCACCUGCACAUCAACAAGACCAUCCACCGUGACGUCAAAGGCAAUAACAUCCUGUUGACGACGCACGGAGGCGUCAAACUCGUGGAUUUCGGUGUUUCAGCCCAGCUGACAAAUACCCGUCUGAGGAGGAACACCUCCGUGGGAACCCCCUUCUGGAUGGCUCCGGAGGUGAUAGCAUGUGAGCAGCAGCUGGACUCGACCUACGAUGCUCGUUGUGAUGUCUGGUCCCUCGGGAUCACCGCCAUAGAGCUUGGAGAUGGAGACCCCCCCCUCUCUGAACUCCACCCAAUGAGAGCUCUCUUCAAAAUACCCAGAAAUCCUGCGCCUACUCUCCACCAGCCGGAGCUCUGGUCCGACGACUUUAAUGACUUCAUCUGCAAAUGUCUGAUUAAGGACUUUGAGCUGAGACCAAAUGUGCUAGACCUCCUCCAGCAUGUGUUCAUCAAAAAGAGUGUUGGCAGAGAGAAAAUACUGCAGAAACAAUUGAUUGAACUCAUUGAUCUCAACCAACAAAUUGGAGUCAUUGAUAAAACAAGGCAUGAACGCAUCCACACUAAAAGAGGAGGCCACAUGAAGACACAGACCGACCCAGAUGAGGUGGACGACCUCGCCACCCUCGAAGUUCUUGAUGAGAACACUGUCACAGAGCAGCUGCAGAAUCGCUAUGGACGAGAUCAGAUCUACACGUAUGUGGGAGACAUCCUCAUCGCCGUCAAUCCUUUCCAUAAGAUGGAGAUUUACACUCCUCAGUACACCAAGAUGUACAUCGGAGCCAAGCGUACAGCUAACCAGCCACACAUCUUCGCCGUGGCUGAUAUCGCCUACCAGUCCAUGGUGUCAUAUAAUACAGACCAGUGUGUUGUGAUCAGCGGGGAAAGUGGAGCUGGGAAAACAGAGGGUGCUCAUCUGUUGGUACAGCAGCUGACAGUUCUUGGAAAGGCCAAUAAUCAGACGCUCCAGGAGAAGAUCCUGCUGGUCAACAGUCUGGUGGAAGCGUUUGGAAACGCCUGCACCGUCAUCAAUGACAACUCCAGCCGCUUCGGCAAGUACCUGGAGAUGAAGUUCACCUGCGGAGGAACGGUGGUCGGAGCGCAGAUAUCCGAGUACCUGCUGGAGAAAUCCAGGGUCAUCCACCAGGCAGUAGGGGAGAGGAACUUCCACAUCUUCUACUACAUUUACGCCGGCCUGGCUGACAGGAAGAAACUAGCCCACUACAAGCUCUCCGACAGCAAAACACCUAAGUAUCUGCUGAACGAGCACAUUAAAUUAGGGCCUGACAUAGUGAGCAACACCUUCUACAAGGAGCAGUUCGAUGCAGUGGAGCAGUGUUUCAAAGUCAUCGGAUUCACCCUGGAGGAGCUGGGCAGUGUUUACAGCACUCUAGCUGCCAUCCUCAACUCCGGCGACAUCGAGUUCUCUCCGGUUGCAUCGGAGCACCAAACAGACAAGAGCGACAUCUCCAACGUUGCCGUCCUGGAGAACGUGGCGUCCCUGCUGUGUAUCCGCCCAGACGAGCUCCAGGAAGCCCUGACCUCCCACUGUGUUGUGGCCCGCGGGGAGACGAUUGUCAGGCCCAACACGGUGGAGAAGGCGGCGGAGGUGAGGGACGCCAUGGGCAAGGCUCUCUACGGACGCCUCUUCAGCUGGAUCGUCAACCGCAUCAAUGCACUGCUGAGACCCGACAGCCACCUAGGAGAGGAAGAAAAGGGCUUGAACAUCGGCAUCCUGGACAUCUUUGGUUUUGAGAACUUCAAGAAGAACUCUUUCGAGCAGCUCUGCAUCAACAUCGCCAACGAGCAGAUCCAGUUUUACUUCAACCAGCACAUAUUCGCUUGGGAACAGGAUGAGUACCUGAACGAGGAGGUGGACGCUCGGAUGAUUGAGUACGAGGACAACCGGCCCCUCCUGGAUCUGUUCCUGCAGAAGCCCAUGGGGAUGCUCUCACUCCUGGACGAGGAGAGCCGCUUCCCACAGGCCACCGACCAGACCCUCGUAGAGAAAUUCGAAGAUAACCUGAAGACCAAAAGCUUCUGGAGACCAAAGAGGGUUGACCUUGGCUUUGGCAUUCACCACUACGCUGGAAAGGUGAUCUACAGCACCGCAGGCUUCUUGGCCAAGAACAGAGACACGCUACCGGCCGACAUCGUCCUGCUGCUGAGGUCGUCGGAAAACGAGCUCACUCGCAAACUCGUCACCCAUCCUCUCACCAAAACGGGCAACCUUGCCCACACCAAGGGUAAAGGCAUAAACACAAUGCGGACCCCGACACGCACCAUCACCUUCGCCAAGCCGGGUGAACCUGCAGACACGCCUUACCACCCGAGAGAAACCACCAACAUGAGAACACAGACUGUGGCCUCCUACUUCAGAUAUUCUCUGAUGGACCUUCUGUCCAAGAUGGUGGCGGGUCAGCCUCACUUUGUUCGCUGUAUCAAACCGAACAACGACCGCCAAGCCAACAAGUUUGACCGGGAGAAGGUCCUGGUUCAGCUGAGAUACACCGGCGUCCUGGAGACCGCCAAGAUCAGACGGCAGGGCUACUCUCACCGCAUCCUGUUUGCCAACUUCAUAAAGAGGUAUUACAUCGUGGCUUUCCACGCUCACGAGGAGCCGGCUGUGACUCAGGAAACAUGUGCCGCAAUACUGGAGAAAGCCAAGCUGGAGAACUGGGCAAUGGGGAAGACCAAGGUGUUCCUCAAGUACUACCACGUUGAACACCUGAACCUGAUGGUGCAGCAGGCCACACAGCGGAUCAUUCUGCUCCAGGCCUACGUCCGAGGCUGGCUGGGAGCCAAGCGAUACCGGCGGAUAUUAAAGGAGCGAGAACAGAGCGCUCUGGUGCUGCAGUCAGCUUACAGAGGUCAUAAAGUUCGGAAGAGGGCGGCUGAUGACAAAAGCAAAGCAAAGUUUGAGGCCUUCAUCGUCCAGUUUCAGGCUGUUUGCAGGGGCUAUAUUGCAAAAAAGAAAUACAAGGAGUUGGUAGAUGAGAAGAACAAAGCUGCAACCAAGAUUCAGGCUCGCUACAGAGGCCACAAGGAAAGGAAAAGCUUCAAAAGAAAACAGGAAGCUAAAGAGAAAGAGAAAGCCCUUAAAGAAAAAGAGGAAGAGACUCCUGAACCAGAGAAGCUCGCCGAUGAAGAAAAUUCCCCUGCUCCCGUCGACGGAGCGGCUAACGAGGAAGAUGAAACUAAGGCGGCCGUGGUUCUGCAGAGCAACUUCAGGGGCUACAAAGAGAGGAAAAUUAAGGAGAGAAAGAAGACGAUGGCCGGGGCCGAGUUGGAGAUACCUCCGGAGGCAGUGGCGGAACAAGAGGGAGAGUCUACCAGCAAAGAGGAGGUAAAGACAGCUGAUAAACAAGAGGGGAAUGAGGAGGAAGAUGAAAGUACGUAUGAAGCAGAGGAGAAUGAUGACAGUGAUCACACACAGGUGCCAGAAGAUGAAGAGCACACAGAAGUGGAAGACGAAGAGGUGACUGAGGCAGCAGAUGAUGGAAAAGAAGAGCAGGCGGAGGACAAAAAGGGAGAUGGACAAGAAACAGCUGCAGGGGGAGAGGUUGUUAAUGUAGAAGAAGAAACCAAGGCUGCCACUGUCAUUCAGAGUAACUUCAGAGGUCACAAAGAGAGGAAGAGGCUGCAGGAAGAAGGCAAGAUUCCAGCUAAGAAACAGAAAGCAAAAAGUCCCGCGGGUGAAGAAGAAGUGGCCACAGCGAGCAGCGCUGCAGGAGAGGAAGAAGUCCCCGAAGCUCAAACACCAGCAGAGGAAGUCGGCAACGAGGCGACAGAGACAGAAGAAGAAUCAACAAAAGCUCCAGAUGCAGCAGAUGUUUCCUCAAGUGACGUGAAGUCAGAAGACAGAGACGAGGCCAAAGCAGCCGUGGUGCUCCAGAGCAACUUCCGCGGCCACAAGGAGCGCAAACGACUGGAGGAGGAAGGAAAGCUCCCGAAGAAGACGAAGAAGAAGGAGACAGAAGCUACACCAGAACCUCCAAGUGAAGAGGAACAGGUAACGCAGACGGAAGAAUCAGUGCCAGAAUCACAGCCGGACGCCACUGCGGAGAACUCGAAUGGACUGGACGAGGAAAAGGCCGCUACUGUCAUUCAGAGUAACUUCAGAGGCCACCGGGACCGGAAGAAACUGAAAGCAGAGAGAGAAACGAAAAAGGAAACAAAGGAGGAAGAAGCUGCCAACGAUGAAGUGAAGUUAGAGGAAACUAAAGAGGAGGCAGAAGAGGAGGCCCUGGAUGUGACCGACGUGAUCAUAGAGCACAAAGAGGAGGCGGACGAUGAAAGAGACAGACUGGAGGAAGAGCAGGCGGCGGUGAAGAUCCAGAGCAACUUCAGAGGCUACAAGGACAGAAAGAACCUGAAGGUCAACAAGCAAACAGCGCGGACUGAAGCUGCACGACUAGAGAGCUUCUCCAAACAGAUCACAAAAACUUCCCAGGACUUCGUGGCCCUGCAGCAUAAGUUGAAUGAGAUCAUCCAGGCCCAUCAAUCAAACCCGGAGAACAAUGGCAUGUUUGUGAGAGGAAAAGCAAUCAAUGGCUAUGCUCCUCGGAAUCACCAAUCAAUCUCUUCAGCUGACAAGAGACAGUCGAGGACCCCCCGCAGGACCCAGCAGCCAAAGACCCUCAACACACCGGAGGACUCCACCUAUUACAACCUGAUUCAUCGGUCUGUCCAGGAUGAUAAACGCAAGCCCAGGAAAGAGGAUCCAGGGAAGCUGCUGGAUGUGGAUGACCACUACUACCAGACGCUGUCCUCCAGCAGGUCUGAGCCCUGCAUCUCCACGGAGGACACGUCCCCCGACAGCAUGUCUGAGAGGAGGCCGUCCAUAGAGAGGAGAGGGUCCAUGGACGACAGCCUGUCCACAGAGCUGUCACCAACCGCUGCCGGUAGACGGACCAGAGAGAGGGCCGUCACCGAUCCAGAUCCUCCCAGACCUGUAUGUGACGACAGACACUCCCUUCCCAGGAUGACCUCCACAGAGAGUCGGACCGAUGACAACCCGUAUGACUUCAGACAUCUGCUGAGGAAGACCUCCCAGAGACGAAGGCUCAUCAAACAGUACUGAACACACGACUGGACUUUUUAACCGUUUGGCACAUAAUCUAUCAAAACCUUAAUGUGGCGAUGUAUUAUCAUAUAUCAUGUUAUGAGAUAUAUGAGUAUGUUAUCCAUCAAAGCUUCUUAAAACAACUGAUAAGUUACGUAAAUGAAAAGCACUGAUAAUACGUCUUAUUGAUCUAAAUGCAGAAAGGAUGAAGGUUAAUGUAAAUAAUAAAAUGCUUUCCCCUUAAAACUGUAAAUGAAGGUUUUAUUUAUGUGAUUUGUAAACUAGACAUUGACACUUUUGCUCAUUUUGCUGCAUCAAAUUCCUUUGGUCAAAGAUUAAGGUUGUCCGUAUCCAGUUAAACACCAAAUAGAAUUGUAUGAACUAUAUCUAUACAUCAUGUGAAUACAAAAGCCAUGCUCUUACACUUGAAUACUUUGCAU